GUGCAGGGUGGCCGCCCCGCGGGCAAGCGAGGAGUGUGCGGAGGCCCAGCGCGCGGCUCUCGGGCAGCGGCACUUGCUGCUCUCGUCCUCUGGGGCCGCCCCGCGGAUCGCAGGAUGGACCGAGAGAGCGAAGUGGACUUUUCCAGCCACAGCGUGACCCCUCUGUGGCGGCGACGCUCGGCCCCUCCGCAGCUGCCCGGCCGCAGCAAGCCGAGGCCCCAGUCGUACCAGAGCCCCCGUGGCUUGCUGAUCACCGACUUCCCGGUGGAGGAGCUCGGCCCGCUGCCCGUGGGGCAGACCCCCGCUGCGGGGCCCGCCGCGUCGGACGGCAGGACGGUCCCGAGCAGCCCCCUGCUUUUGCGCCCGCAUCGGAAGGCGCUGCUCAAUGGCCGGACGGCGUCCGCGGACUACGGAGCUGCCUCUCCUCGACCCCGGCGGCCCAAGUCCCCCCAGCUGCUCCCGCAGCCCCCGGCGAAUGGCGCCCCGGCCUCGGCGGCGCUGUCACCGCCGCUGCGGCCCCCGCGCGCCCCGGGCAGCCCGGGGGAGGACCGCCUGGGACCGCCGGCCGGCCCGCUGCCCACGCCCCCUGCGAAUGGCCUGGCUCCCCAAAACGACUCUCCUGGCUCAGGUUCGCCUUCGGGCCGGGCGGCUGGGGACCUCUCGAGACCGUGUCCGGAGCCCCAGCCGAGGUCUUCCGGACAAAAACUACCCGUCCAGAGGCUGCCGUCGCCGGAGGACGAGCUCGCAGACCACCCUUCAGUGGUUUUGAGUACCAACAGCCCCGCCGCCCUCAAGAUGGGGAAGCAGCAGAUCAUCCCGAAGAGCCUUGCCUCGGAAAUUAAGCUAAGCAAAUCCAACAGUCAGAACGUGGAGCCACACAGGAGGCUCCUCAAGGUGCGCAGCAUGGUGGAAGGCCUCGGGGCGCCCCUGGCCCUCGCAGGGGAGGAGGGCGACGUGGAGAACGACUUGGAUAGCCCAGGGUCUCUUAGGCGAGGCUUGCGGUCCACGUCCUACCGCAGGGCAGUAGUCAGUGGAUUCGAUUUUGACAGUCCCACCAGCUCAAAGAAGAAGAACAGGAUGUCCCAGCCCGUGCUGAAGGCUGUAGUAGAAGACAAGAAGUUCUCCAGCCUGGGAAGGAUAAAGGAAAAAAUGCUGAAAGGACAAGGAACUUUUGAUGGGGAAGAAAACGCAGUCCUAUAUCAGAACUACAAAGAAAAGGCCCUUGACAUUGACUCUGAUGAAGAAUCAGAACGCAGAGAGCAGAAGCCAGAGGAAAAGAUUGUGAUCUACCAUAAGCCGCUGCGCUCCACGUGGAGCCAGCUCUCUGCGGUGAAAAAAAAUGGGUUGUUUCAGACUGUGAGUCAGGAGGAAAGAAAGAGACAGGAGGCAAUCUUUGAAGUCAUAUCCUCUGAGCAUUCCUAUUUACUUAGCUUGGAGAUCUUGAUACGAAUGUUUAAAGAUUCUAAAGAGCUGAGUGAUACAAUGACUAAAACCGAGCGGCACCACCUUUUCUCCAAUAUUACAGACGUCUGUGAGGCAAGCAAAAAAUUCUUUACAGAGUUAGAAGCAAGACAUCAGAAUAAUAUCUUCAUAGAUGAUAUAAGUGACAUUGUAGAAAAGCACACAGCCUCCACGUUUGAUCCCUAUGUGAAAUACUGCACUAAUGAAGUCUACCAACAAAGAACACUACAAAAAUUGCUAGCCACCAAUCCCUCCUUUAAGGAAGUUUUGUCACGGAUUGAGUCCCAUGAAGACUGCAGGAACUUACCCAUGAUCUCUUUCCUCAUUCUCCCCAUGCAGAGGGUGACCCGCCUUCCUCUCCUGAUGGAUACUAUCUGUCAAAAAACACCUAAGGACUCUCCAAAGUAUGAAGUUUGCAAACGGGCCUUAAAGGAAGUAAGCAAGUUGGUUCGUCUGUGCAAUGAAGGUGCCCGGAAGAUGGAAAGGACGGAGAUGAUGUACACAAUUAACUCUCAGCUGGAAUUCAAAAUUAAGCCUUUUCCUCUCGUCUCCUCUUCCCGGUGGUUGGUGAAAAGAGGUGAGCUGACAGCCUAUGUGGAAGAUACUGUGCUGUUCUCAAAGAGGACAUCCAGACAGCAAGUAUACUUUUUCCUCUUCAACGACGUGCUCAUUGUCACUAAGAAGAAGAGUGAAGAAAGUUACAAUGUCAAUGACUAUUCCUUAAGGGAUCAGCUACUGGUGGAGUCUUGUGACAAUGAAGAGAUUAAUUCUUCUCCAGGAAAGAACACUUCCACAAUGCUUUAUUCACGACAGAACUCUGCCAGUCACCUCUUUACCCUGACAAUCCUCAGUAACCAUGCAAGUGAGAAAGUGGAAAUGCUUCUGGGGGCUGAGACACAGAGUGAGCGAGCCAGAUGGAUCACUGCUCUGGGACACAGCAGCGGGAAACAGCCUCAGGACAGAACCUCACUGACCCAGGUAGAAAUCAUGAGGUCAUUUACUGCCAAGCAGCCUGAUGAACUCUCCCUGCAGGUGGCAGAUGUGGUCCUAAUUUAUCAACGGGUUGGAGAUGGCUGGUAUGAGGGUGAACGACUUCGAGAUGGAGAAAGAGGCUGGUUUCCAAUGGAGUGUGCCAAGGAGAUAACAUGUCAAGCUACAAUUGAUAAGAAUGUGGAGAGAAUGGGACGUUUGCUGGGACUGGAGACCAACGUGUAACCUCUCAGAUGAUGGUGUUUUGUUACUGUGAGAUUUGCACAGUAGAAUGAUGGGCUGCCUUUACUGUUAAUUUUAUCAC